CCCGCUCGGCUCCGGCUAGGCGACGGCGGCGGCGCUUCCGCCUCGCGGGUCCCGGCCGGGUGCGAGCGGCCCCGCGAUGUGGCUGAGCCCGGAGGAGGUGCUGGUGGCCAACGCGCUGUGGGUGACGGAGCGGGCCAACCCCUUCUUCGUGCUGCAGCGGCGCCGGGGCCACGGCAAGGGCGGCGGCCUCACGGGUCUUCUUGUGGGCACCCUGGACGUGGUGUUGGAUUCAAGCGCUCGCGUGGCCCCUUACCGCAUCCUGCACCAGACCCAGGAUUCACAGGUCUACUGGACGGUGGCAUGUGGUUCUUCCCGCAAAGAGAUCACAAAACACUGGGAAUGGCUGGAAAAUAACUUGCUCCAAACACUGUCCAUCUUUGACAAUGAAGAAGAUAUCACCACUUUUGUCAAGGGCAAAGUACACGGCAUCAUCGCAGAAGAGAACAAAAACCUACAGCCCCAGGGAGACGAGGACCCUGGGAAGUUCAAGGAGGCUGAGCUGAAGAUGCGAAAGCAGUUUGGGAUGCCUGAGGGCGAGAAGCUGGUCAACUACUAUUCCUGCAGCUUCUGGAAGGGCCGAGUGCCCCGGCAGGGCUGGCUCUACCUGACGGUCAACCACCUGUGUUUCUACUCCUUCCUGCUGGGGAAGGAAGUGAGCCUUGUGGUGCAGUGGGUGGAUGUCACAAGGCUGGAGAAGAAUGCCACCCUGCUUUUCCCCGAGAGCAUCCGAGUGGACACCCGUGACCAGGAGCUUUUCUUCUCCAUGUUCCUCAACAUUGGUGAGACCUUCAAGCUCAUGGAGCAGCUGGCCAACUUGGCCAUGCGGCAGCUACUGGACAGUGAGGGUUUCCUGGAGGACAAGGCCCUGCCCAGGCCCAUCCGGCCACACAGGAACAUCUCAGCUCUGAAACGAGACCUGGAUGCCCGAGCCAAGAACGAGUGCUACCGGGCCACAUUCCGGCUGCCCAGGGAUGAGCGGCUAGAUGGCCAUACAAGCUGUACCCUGUGGACGCCAUUCAACAAACUGCACAUCCCUGGCCAGAUGUUCAUUUCCAACAACUACAUCUGCUUUGCCAGCAAGGAGGAAGAUGCAUGCCACCUCAUCAUACCCCUGAGGGAGGUGACCAUUGUCGAAAAAGCUGACAGCUCCAGUGUCCUGCCCAGCCCUCUGUCCAUUAGCACCAAAAGUAAAAUGACCUUCUUGUUUGCCAACCUGAAAGACCGGGAUUUCUUGGUUCAGAGGAUCUCUGACUUCCUCCAGAAAACGCCAUCCAAGCAGCCAGGCAGCAGCUUUGGAGGGAGGAAAGCCAGCAUUGCAGACCCUGGCCCAGAGUCUUCCUCAGCUCCUCAGGAGGGAUCAGAGCAGCCCACCAGCCCGGCCUCUCCCCUCAGCAGCUACCAGAGCUUCUGUGCACAGGAGGCACCGACCGCUUCCCAGGGCCUGCUCAAGCUCUUUCAGGGAAACUCACCCAUGGAGGACCUCGGAGCCAAAGGGGCCAAGGAGAAGAUGAAAGAAGAGUCAUGGAACAUCCACUUCUUUGAGUACGGGCGAGGCAUGGGCAUGUACCGCACGGCCAGGACGCGGGAGCUAGUCCUGAAGGGCAUCCCCGAGAGCCUCCGGGGGGAGCUCUGGCUCCUCUUCUCUGGGGCUUGGAAUGAGAUGGUAACUCACCCUGGCUACUACACCGAGCUGGUGGAGAAGUCCAUGGGGAAGUAUAGCCUGGCCACGGAGGAGAUCGAGAGGGACCUCCACCGCUCAAUGCCCGAGCACCCCGCCUUCCAGAAUGAACUUGGGAUUGCUGCACUCCGGCGGGUGCUGACUGCCUAUGCUUUCCGAAACCCCACCAUUGGCUACUGCCAGGCGAUGAACAUCGUGACCUCAGUGCUCCUGCUGUAUGGCAGUGAGGAGGAGGCCUUCUGGCUCCUGGUGGCCCUUUGCGAGCGCAUGCUGCCCGACUACUACAACACCAGGGUGGUGGGAGCCCUGGUGGAUCAGGGCAUCUUCGAAGAGCUCACGAGGGACUUCCUGCCCCAGCUCUCAGAGAAGAUGCAGGACCUGGGGGUGAUCUCCAGCAUCUCACUGUCCUGGUUCCUGACCCUCUUCCUCAGUGCCAUGCCCUUUGAGAGCGCCGUAGUCGUUGUUGAUUGCUUCUUCUACGAGGGCAUCAAGGUGAUCCUGCAGGUGGCCCUGGCCGUCCUGGAUGCCAACAUGGAGCAGCUGCUAGACUGCAGUGACGAAGGCGAGGCCAUGACUGUGCUGGGCAGGUACCUGGAUAAUGUGGUCAAUAAGCAGAGUGUUUCUCCUCCUAUCCCACACCUCCAUGCCUUGCUGACCAGCGGGGAUGACCCCCCUGAAGAGGUGGACAUAUUUGAGCUUCUGAAAGUAUCUUAUGAGAAAUUCAGCACCCUGAGAGCCAAUGACAUUGAACAGAUGCGGUUUAAACAGAGGCUGAAAGUGAUCCAGUCCUUGGAGGACACAGCCAAGAGAAGCGUGGUCCGAGCUAUACCUGUGGACAUUGGUUUCUCAAUUGAAGAGCUGGAGGACCUCUACAUGGUGUUUAAGGCCAAACACCUGACAAGCCAGUAUUGGGGGAGCAGCCGCAUGGCCGCCAUCCGUCGGGACCCCAGCCUUCCGUACCUGGAGCAGUACCGGAUUGAUGCAAGCCAGUUCCAGGAACUCUUUGCCAGCCUGACACCCUGGGCUUGCGGCUCCCACACCCCUGUGCUGGCGGGGCGCAUGUUCCGGCUUCUGGACAAAAAUAAGGAUUUACUGAUCAACUUCAAGGAGUUUGUGACAGGGAUGAGUGGGAUGUACCAUGGAGACCUGACAGAGAAACUGAAGGUGCUCUACAAGCUGCACCUUCCCCCAGCUCUGAGCCCUGAGGAGGCUGAGUCAGCCCUGGAGGCAGCCCACUAUUUCACAGAGGACAGCUCCUCGGAAGCAUCUCCUCUGGCCUCAGAUCCGGAUCUUUUCCUGCCCUGGGAGGCUCAAGAAGCACUACAACCAGAAGAGCGAGAAGGGAGUGGAAAUGAAGAUGUCCGAGAAAAAAGAGGAGAGGAGAAGGCAACCAGCCCCCCAGACUAUCGGCACUACCUUCGAAUGUGGGCCAAGGAGAAGGAGGCUCAGAAGGAGACGAUCAAGGAUCUUCCCAAGAUGAACCAGGAGCAGUUUAUCGAACUUUGCAAGACCCUUUACAACAUGUUCAGUGAAGACCCUAUGGAGCAAGACUUGUACCAUGCCAUUGCCACAGUGGCCAGCCUCCUCCUUCGUAUUGGUGAAGUGGGAAAGAAGUUCUCGGGCAGGAAGCCCAGAGACGGUGCCCACAGUGGGGACCACGAUGUUGCCACAGAAGAUGAGCCAUCAGCACCUGAGCCCCAUCAGGAUGCAUCCCGGGAGGCCCAGCCACCAGCUGCAGGGGACCCCCAGGCCAAAGCUGGUGGUGACACCCACCUGGGAAAAGCACCACAGGAGAGCCAGGUGGUGGUUGAGGGGGGCAGUGGUGAGGCACCCUCUCAGCUGCUAUCCGAUGAUGAGACCAAAGAUGACAUGUCCAUGUCCUCCUACUCAGUGGUCAGCACGGGCUCCCUGCAGUGUGAGGACCUCACUGACGACACGGUGCUGGUGGGGGGUGAGGCCCGCAGCCCCACAGCACGUAGCGGGGGCACUGUCGACACGGACUGGUGCAUCUCCUUCGAGCAGAUCCUUGCCUCCAUCCUGACGGAGUCUGUGCUGGUGAACUUCUUUGAGAAGAGGGUGGACAUUGGACUUAAGAUCAAGGACCAAAAGAAGGUGGAGCGACAGUUUAGCACCUCCAGUGACCAUGAGCAGCCUGGAGUUUCAGGCUGACCUCUGCAGCUGCACAGGCCAGCCAAGGCCCAUCCGCUCCUCCCUUUCCAUUUUUUCUCUCAAGGCAUACCCUUCCUUUUCUCCCCAGAGCCAAGCAAUGUGAGUGGAAAGACAGCUGAUGGUGGCACAGACGCCUUAGAUUCCUCGAGGUUGCAUCUCCUGGCACCAGCUGCUGGCAGGGCCCAGGAAAAGGGUGGUGCCCCCACCUUCCUCUUUGCCCAGUGGGAGCCUGCCUGGCACCCAGCCACGCCUGCCUAGGUUAGAGACUCUCAGAUCCGCUCUACUUGCCUCCUGCUGCCAUGCCCCAUUUGUGGCCUGGCCACACAGAGUCCCCCACCCACAGGAUACUCUUGCAGCUGUGUGGUCCAGGGUCCUGUGCUUGUUUGGGCACCAAAGUGACAGAACCUUUAGGGUACUCUCUGGGAGCCCUUGAGCCUAAGCCUACUGACUGAGGAACACAGGCAAAAAUCAUCACAGGGUGGCCACUGCAAACAGGCAUGACAUUAUGUGCUCUCAGCUCAUUAUCUUACUGUUAACUUUAAAAGCAUAUCCCUCAGGUCCUAAUAUCUUUCCUUGGAUUCAUUUCAGUUGGCUAAAAAUUACACUGCUCAAUGCCUUAAUAAAUCCCUGAAAGAAAUAAAAUCCA